UCAUAAUAUAUCUCAUAACAUUCAUAGCAUAGUAUACCUAACCGUAACGAUGUAUUUUUUUCUUACAUCGCAUAUCAGAUUCGUUACAAAUUUAAGUGGUUAAACUUUGAAACACUGUGCUACACACUGUAUAUGCUCAUAUGCAUAAUAUCUAUAAUACGCGACUACAACAUAAACGGCUCGUUGAUGAGAUUGUUUGUUCACACUCGAUUCAUAAUAUAAUGUAGGUAGAUAUACGCACGGAUGACGACAUAAUAGACAAAUUUGAAACUUACUAUUCACAAUUGAUUGUGAACCAAAUGAGUAGAUAAUAAUAUUAUUUUAUCCAGAAACCCGUGUACCGUUCCGUCAUCUAAACUCUGGUCUCUCCUACACAGCAAUAACUGUAUUGUUAUUAUUUGAAUUGUAUCAUAAUAUUGUUCAUAUACAAUAAUACUAAGAGUAUACCACCAGCGGGAUGACCGAAACCCCGUGUUUCUUCGGACUGACGACCGUCCGUAUAGGCGCACGCAUCGUGGCUUAUUUACAAUUUUGGUCACAAUUGUUUGUUGCCGUGCUAUUGAUGUUAAAAUAUUUUUAUCAAUGGUCGGACAUAGAUGAGGGUACGACAAGCGCAAAGACGAGUUCGUCCGACAACCAAACACCACCCUCAUUACCAAUGAAAUAUUAUAAUGAACUGGAUUUCGAUAACUCGAUCUUUUCAAAAUUAUCGUAUUCAAUACUAGUUAUGUACGCUAGUCACUAUUUGAAAAAAGCCACAUAUACUCACAAUUUAAUGUAUUUGAAUUUUUGGAUGGUAUUAAAUAGCAUUUAUUUCCUCACAUCAGUAGCGUUUAUAGUUUUUGCUUCGUUAAGAAUUGGAAAAAUUGGAAUUUUCCUCAUAGGAUUAAUUGGAGUCUUAAUAGAAAGUUGUGAAUUAUACGUCGUCUAUCAAUUUUACACAGAUGAAAUAUUAUCAGUUGCAGUCAACAAUGACCAAAACCCAUCAAACAAUGAAGAUCAGUCGUUACCUAGAAGUCAUACAGCUGUGAACAUUGGAACAGAAAUAAUCAAUACAAAUGAUUGCCAGGCCACUUUGGGAGUAAAAAAUCUUACAAACAACACCUAUUAAAAAUACAACAAUAAAUCACUAUAAACUUUAAACUUUAAGAUAUUGCUGUAAUAUGCUGUAAUAUAAUAUA